UUAGAGGCUGAGAAUGCAAGGCUGUUAUCUCAACUUGCUAAUUGUCAAAUUCAAGAGGUGGAGAAGAAAUUUCAUGGCACUGAUGCUAAAGAAAAAAAAUCGAGAAAAGGCAACAGGAAAUCAGGAGAAAAGAUAGAAAAUGUGCCAGGUUUCUUUUUCUACAUCCUAAUUUUAUUUCAAACACAUGGCCGCCUAGUACACAAGAUCAAUGAAAGGGAUGCACCCAAGGGGUAGCCUGAAUGCAUUAGUAAUUGAUUCCAUGGCUUGAAUGGGUGACCUCAAAGCUCAAUGGUUGCUCCAAGGCUUUACUUCUUUUCUUCAAACACAUGAUGGCUUGAAAUUUUUUAUAAAAAUUAACUUGCAAACUGAAAGCUUCACUUUCUGUUCUUCAGUAAAUGCGUCAGCUGUGUUUAAUGGACUUAAUGAAUUCAGUGAUUUAUUGAUUUGUAUGCUUUCUAUGUUCCUGUUUCUCAGCUCCGAGGGGGCAUUUUGUCUGAAUCAUCUAUUCUGUAUACAUGGUUUGCCCCUUCCACAUCACAUGUUGUAGGCUAUAACUCGAGGUUUAUGAAUCAUCACAGCAAGAGAUAUGUAGCUUUAAAAGUUAUGUACUUUGGAAAAAGGUACUAUGGUUUUGCUUCAGAGGCACAAAUGGAACCAACUGUUGAGUCUGAAAUUUUCAAAGCUCUAGAGAAAACUAGGCUUUUGGUUGGUGACAGGAAGGAGUCACAGUAUUCAAGAUGUGGUAGAACAGACAAAGGUGUUUCCUCUGUUGGACAAGUGAUAGCUCUUUUCCUGAGAUCAAACCUCAAGAUAUCUGGAUCAAAUGAUGUAGGUUCUGGAGAAAUUGCUUUAGAAAGUCAAUAUGAAAGGGAAAUUGAUUAUGUGAGGGUGCUCAAUCGAGUCCUUCCAAAUGAUAUUCGCAUUAUGGGCUGGUGUCCUGUUCCAGUCAAUUUCCAUGCAAGGUUCAGCUGUUUAAGUAGGCAGUAUAAAUACUUCUUUUGGAAAGAAAAUUUGAAUAUCCUGGCAAUGGAGAGCGCCGGGAAGAAAUUGAUAGGAGAACAUGACUUUAGAAACUUCUGCAAAAUGGAUGCUGCAAAUGUGCACAACUACAGGAGGAAUAUCACAUCACUUGAGAUGUCUCCCACAGAUGUGAGGUAUGGUGAUAAUGAACUUUGGGUGAUUAAAAUCAGAGGCAGUGCUUUCCUAUGGCACCAGGUUCGCUGCAUGGUUGCUGUUCUAUUCAUGAUUGGCAAAGGCCUGGAAUCUCCAAAUGUAAUUGAUAUGCUACUGGACACUACUAGUAUCCCAAGGAAACCUCAGUACACCAUGGCUUCGGAGGUUCCAUUGGUUCUUCAGUCAUGUGAAUUUGAAGAUAUUAAGUUUAUAUGCUCAUCAGAUUCUGGAGAAGCACUGCAUGUACACUUGGUGAACGAAUGCCAAAGUUACCAGCUUGAAGCUGCUAUCUUUCAUGAGGCACUUAUUAAUUGUGUGCCUUUAUCAGAAGAUCAACCUACUCGAGAAAGAAAAAAGAAACCUUCACAUGUCCCUAUUAUGUUGCGACCAACUGAGCCAUCAUAUGAAGAGCGCCGCUCCAAAUUCGACUCAAAACAUGAAGAUCAUAUUCAUACUGCUCAUCUCAACAUUGUAGGCCUUCCUACAUAGGUUGUAUUAUCAAGUGAUCACUUUUUUCCUAAUCGAAAGUUCUUAUGUAGAUUGCAAUCUUUUUAUCUGGGCUAUUCAAGUCCCUCCAAGAUUUUAUUGUGAGCAAAAGAGCCAAAGAUAAUUAAUUAUCAAUUGUUGAUGCAAAAUUACUCACCCUAACCUGCUAUUUACUUGGAUACUA